CUGAUUUAUCUCAAGCCUGAAAUUUCAGUCGCUAUCCGCCCUCAGUUGAGGAAGGGAGACAACUGACUCCAACUCUACAGUACUCUUCAACCUAUUGUAGCUCACAAAUCAGGAAGCUAGCCUGGCAUUCAGCCUCGAUCAGCAAAAGUUCACUUCCGCUUUUCAAAGAGUCUGCAGUUUCCUGGUCAGCACCGUUUACAUGAGUAUGCGUAAACAAAGGCCCGGCGGACGAAGCGGAAACGGAUGGGACAACAGAGGCCGGUUCGUUAUGAAUGGACUACGAGGAUCUGUGCCUUAUAAUUCACGUUAAAUGUUUGCAAAACUCAAGCAGAAAAUCGCCGAGGAGGAAUUGACCUCUGAUUCAAGUCGUUCUUUGCCUUCCAGCCCGAGCGUACGACGAGCUAAGGUCAAUGGAUGGACAGAGAACAAGUGGGAAAGGCGAAGACUAAGCAAUGCGAGUAGCUUGUAUGAAUCAAGGGAAUCUCUUCUCAGUGAAAGCAGUGUUGCUUCAUCGGGGUACAAUAUUUCAAGGCAUGCCUCGUUCACGAGCAGGUCAGCUGCGACUCCAGUUGGAACGCCUGUGGAACCACCGAGUUGUAUGGUCAAUGCCCGAUCUUCUAAAGAGGAAAUCCUUAAUUUGCUGGCAAAGAAAGGAGAACAAGUCAACAGACUGGAGGCAAAGAUUGCAGAGAUGGCAAGUCUUCUAAGAGAGCAGACAAGAGUUAAGGAAUCACUUGAAGGUGCUCUUGAGAGACAGAAGGAAGAGCACUCCACACGGAUCACAAGUAUGAACAAUGAAUUUGAAGAGAGAUCUAAGAAAAUGAAAAAUGAGUUUGAGAAGACUCUCAAGGAAAAAAACCAGUUCAUCCAAUAUCAGACCGAUGCUACUCGCAAAGCUGCAGAGAUUAUUGAGAAAAGCAAGCAAAUAGAUCACUUAGACAAUGCCUAUCUCGAGCAAAAAGGAGAACUGGCAGCCCUUCAGGAGCGUUUAGAUGACUUAGCCCGUGCAAGAACGAAAUAUGAAGCCCGUGACAAACAGCAGCAAGGUCGAGUAGCAACCCUUGAGAAAGAAAAGAAUUCACUGCGUGAUGAACUUACAAACACUGUUAAUGAGUUAACACAGAAAUCAUUGCAGCUUGAUAGAGCAGAAAAAUCUCUCCGUCAACAAGAAGAAGAACUGGCUAACUUGAGACAGACGCACACUUUGUAUAAAAACAAGGUGUCAAUGGAACUUGAACAAAAGGAAGGAGAAACUGCUCAGCUGAAAGAACGACUGGGUGAUCUUCAGCGAAGACUUGAGGACAGUAAGCUGUCAGGCAAUGAUCAAGUUAAAGCUAUGGAAAAAGAGAGAGAGCAACUCGAAAAUCGUCUACGCGAAUCUCGGGAUCAACUCAACGAGCUGAGGACGAAUUCAAAUGAUCGAAUAAAUACGCUGGGAUCUCUGGUCAGUACCUUAAAUGAAAGACUAGAAAGAAAGGAAACAGAACUCACGGAAUGUAAAAGAAAAUACGAUCAAGAUUAUGAAAGCUGGAAAAGUAAAAACUUUCAACUUGAACAGGAGUUGUCUAGAAUGCAGCGAGAAACCAAGUCAGGAAAGCAAUCCUCAGAGGAACAGACUGCAAACUUGGAAGGACAGGUAAUGCGGUUGGAAGCUGCAAGGGAAAGAGAAAAAACAGAAAUGCAAACAAAAUUAGAUCAACUGAAAAUAAUCGAGAACGAGUAUUCGAGACAGGAAGACUCGUACAAACAACAAAUAGCUGACCUCGAAGAAGAAAAAGAACAACUACAGAACGAACUUAUGUCAAAAGCAGAGGAGAAUAGACAUGUUUCACUGUGUUUGGAAGACGCCAUGAAAGAGACAAAUGAGCUUAAAAGCCAGAUCGCUAAGUUCGAGGAGACGCUAAAGGAGAAAAACGAUCUUUUAACUUGCUUUAAAGAGAGUAAGCUCGAUUCACCCUCUCAUUUUACAAGUAACCUCAGCCCUGAAGCAAUGGAAGACCUCAAAGAGGAGCUCAACAACACUAAGGCUCGUUAUCAGAAUGCAGAGGAAGUUUUAAAACAGAGGGACAAAACUGUCGCCGAGCUAAGAAGAGCAGUUGCGGAGAAAGAGGACUUACUUAACCGAUCAACGACUAAGAUUAGACAAUAUGAAGAAAACAACAGAUAUCUAGGGAAUGACAGAAUAUACGGUUCAGAAAACAGAGAUUCUCAAAAGGUUAUUACAAACUUGAAGGAGAGACUAAAAGAGCUGGAAGAGCAACUUCAAGAAAGAGAGAUGCUUCAACUGGACGAGAACGAGCUGCGUGAUCUGAGGAAAGAUAACAGUCGACUGGAAACAGAUCUAGAGGACAAAGACAAGAAAAUAAAACUUCUUCAAGCAAAAAUAAUCGAACUAAAGAAGGCGUUCCAACGAGAACUGAAAAUGGCCGCGCCUGGGGGAGAGGCUAUGCAGAGAAGUCCUGGCACCCCAAACGGUGACGUCAUUGAACACAGUGAUGAUGAGAAAGACAGACAGGAAUAUCUCGAAGUUAACUUUAAAUAUUUAAAACAUGUGGUAUUAAAAUACAUGUGCAGUACGAACAAGCAGUCUCGCCAGUUGAUCAACGUGAUCGGCCAUUUGUUAAGGUUCACACCCAAAGAGAGCGCAUGCGUCAAGGAAGCUAUGGAGUGGAAGUUGCCACUUGAUUAGGAAUUUUUUUAAACGAAGUCGUUCCCAAUAGAUGGAUUAACAAGCUGUGUUCCUUGCUUUAAAACCGUAACACACCGCACUAGCAAGACGAGAGGCGGCACUACAUUAUAAACAGCUUUUCUUCCAGGUUCUUCUUAGCCAUUUAUCGUACUUUCCAUAACGUCUCAGUAACAACAUUCUCCUUACUCCUUCAUCCAUUUUUCAUAAACCAAGUUGGGAGAAUUUGGUGCUCUGAUCGGCCUCUCUACUCUUGUUAUUCACCUACUUAUAGGUAGGUAUAAAGGUGUAGAGAAAUUAUAAGCCGAUCAGAGGUGACAGCUUAAGGGAAAAGGGUAUCACUAUCAUGAUAGAACAUGGUGACAGACUCUUUAAGGGACUAACAAGAGUAAAAUUACUUCAGAAAUGCUUUUUAUUUAGUACCAGGAGCCCAUCACUAAGGGCUCCUGCUAGCACUGUAUAUUGUUUUCUGUUUUAACGAGCCCGACCGAACUGGAAAUCAUAUUAUAACAUGAAUCUAUUUUAAGGAACGUAAGCACAGCAUUUGUUGUUGGAAUUCUAAGCUGGGACUUUGGAAAAAAUUAACACGACGAUAACGACAAUUUUAGCCAGAUAGAAUAAUUAUCAAAUAUCCUUUUGGAGAGGUAUUUUUAAUGUGAACGUCGAGAAAUGAUAUCACAAGAAUUAAUAUAAUAUAUCUGGCAAGAAUAUUAAAUAUGAAAAUAACUAUAUUUAAUAUGAACGUCAAGAAAUGAUAUCACAAGAAUUAAUAUAAUUUUUCUGGCAAGAAUGUUAAAUAUGAAAAUGACUAUAUUUAUUUUCCGAGAGUGGAAAAAGAAGUAUUGGUAUUAUCUUUAUUCAGAGAAAUUAAAGGUGGAAUAUAUCAUUUGUAAC